AAUUCUGAGCUGGGGCACUUUACCAUGAGGCUGCAAAUGAAACAGAUGUGCUCGCUGUGAAUUUCUGUAGGAUCUGGACUUUUUGCACCAAAGGUGGUAACGCUUUCCUUCCUGCGAUUUUUUUUUUUUCUUUCUAUUUUGCACAUAUUUUCCAUAAAGGGAAUGAAAUGGAGAAGUUGAAGAAAUAUGUAUCAGUGAAAGAUGAAGAUCAGUUUUACCAUCAGGGAGCUGUGGAGUUGCUAGUCUUUAACUUUCUGCUCAUUCUUACAAUAUUAACAAUUUGGUUGUUUAAAAACCAUCGAUUCCGCUUUUUGCAUGAAACUGGAGGAGCUAUGCUUUAUGGCCUUGUAAUGGGAUUAAUUAUAAGAUACGCAACAAAAGCACCAGAUGUUGAAAGUGGAACUGUUUAUGAAUGUGAAAAGCUGAAAUCUGGGCCACCUACUCUACUUAUUAAUAUAACUAAUCAGGUCUAUGAAUAUCAAUACAAAAGAGAGAUCAGCCACCACAAUGUCAAUGGUCACCAGGGCAAUGCAAUGCUUCAAAAGAUGACAUUCGAUCCUUCCAUCUUCUUCAAUAUUUUGCUGCCACCCAUUAUAUUUCAUGCUGGCUAUAGUUUAAAGAAGAGACAUUUUUUUCGUAACUUAGGAUCAAUUUUAACCUACGCCUUUUUGGGAACUGCCAUCUCCUGCAUUGUCAUAGGGUUGAUAAUGUAUGGUUUUGUGAAGGCCAUGGUACACAUUGGCCAGUUGAAAGGAUGGGAAUUCCACUUCACCGACUGUUUAUUUUUUGGAUCGCUGAUGUCUGCCACAGAUCCAGUGACAGUCCUUGCUAUUUUCCAUGAGCUGCAUGUGGAUACAGAUUUGUACACACUCUUGUUUGGAGAGAGUGUCCUAAAUGAUGCUGUGGCUAUUGUGCUGACAUACUCUAUAUCCAUUUACAGUCCUAAGGAGAAUCCUAAUGUGUUUGAUGCUGCUGCUUUCUUCCAGUCAGUGGGAAAUUUCCUGGGGAUCUUUGCUGGAUCAUUUGCCAUGGGAUCCUCUUAUGCUGUUGUCACAGCUUUAUUGACAAAAUUUACAAAGCUGUGUGAGUUUCCAAUGUUGGAGACAGGUCUGUUUUUUCUCCUGUCCUGGAGUGCCUUCUUAUCAGCAGAAGCUGCUGGUCUUACAGGUAUUGUUGCAGUCCUUUUCUGUGGAGUCACACAGGCCCAUUAUACCUACAACAAUCUGUCACCAGAUUCCAAAAUGAGAACUAAACAGUUGUUCGAGUUCAUGAAUUUUUUGGCUGAGAACGUCAUCUUCUGUUACAUGGGACUCGCACUAUUCACAUUUCAAAAUCAUCUCUUCAAUCCUCUUUUUAUAUUUGGUGCAUUUGUGGCAGUUUUUGUAGCAAGAGCUUGCAACAUAUACCCACUUUCUUUCCUUUUGAAUUUGGGUCGAAAACAAAAGAUUCCGAGGAACUUUCAGCACAUGAUGAUGUUUUCAGGUUUACGUGGUGCAAUAGCAUUUGCAUUGGCUAUUCGAGACACAGAAUCCCAACCCAAACAAAUGAUGUUUACAACAGCACUGCUUAUUGUGUUUUUCACAGUCUGGGUAUUUGGUGGGGGCACAACACCAAUGCUUACGUGGCUUCAGAUCAGAGUUGGCAUAGAUCCAGAUGAAGAUCUGAAAACAGAAGCUGCAAGCCAGAGCGCAUCUAACUUGGAUAAAAAUACAACCAAAGCUGAGAGUGCCUGGCUUUUCAGAAUAUGGUAUGGCUUUGACCAUAAAUACCUAAAACCUAUCUUAACCCACACUGGUCCACCUCUCACAACAACAUUACCUGCAUGGUGUAAUCCUGUUGCCAAGCUUCUGACCAGCCCCAGUGCAUAUGGCGAUCAACCAAAGGAUGAUGACACAGAUUAUAUCAUAGAUAAUGAUGAAUUGACUGAAAACUAUGAAUCAUCUGCUCACAUACCAGUGCCAGCGCAGGACAGAACAGGCUCCACCCAGGCUACAGGCAAGGAAGAUAUUCAUGAAGGAGACCUAGGAUUAGGAGGGUACAAACUCCAGCUUGAACACACUGGAGAUCAACCACAGAUUAAUUCAUUGGCACAAACAGUGUAA